AUGUUCGCAGUUUUCAAGUUUUCCUUAGCGAUUUUUGUGGUAAUUAAUUUACUAGCCACUCAGACGACUGCGGAAGACUUUGGAGGCUGGACAGAGAGUCUAACGAGGCUGUUAAAAAUUUGCGCGAGUAAUUACAACAGUUUUAAUAAUAGAAUUAAUAAUAACAAAGAAAAUGCAAAAAGUGAUAUUUUGGAGAGUCUUAAAUUUUGUUUGCAAAAAAGAGCGGUUAUAGCAAUGGACGCGUUUUUCUCCGAAGAAGUUAUUCCUCUGAUAAACGGCGUUGAUUUGAUGAAAUUUAACGAUACUAAUGCCACGGAUUACAAUGAAUCAUUCAACACAGCGCGAGCUAACGGUAAAACUUGGCCUGAAAUUGUCUUCGGAAGGUUCGCAAGAUUGUUUAAGACCCACGUUCUUAAAAUUGACAUUGACAGAAUUGUCAACCCCGAAGCUUUUGUCGACGAGUCAAAUGAAAUUGUCGAAGGACGAAGGCGCCACCACAGAAAACGACAGAACCACUUGAUGCCAAUGUUAAUGAUGGGAGUCUUAGUAAUGGGGUCAGUUUUAAUCCCAAUGGGUUUCCAAUUUUUGGCUGUCUUGGGAGGAAAAGCCCUUUUGCUAGCUAAAUUGGCGUUAAUGCUGUCCUCUAUCCAAGGAUUGAAAAAAAUCGCGACCAACGGAGUCAAUUACGGGCUCUACCACGCUCCAGUUAGUGAUGGGUGGCACGAACGAAGCAGCCGCCUGGUAGAUCCUUUAGCACAGUAUGAUGUGCCUUAUGCUGCCCUAGCUCGUCAUUAA